AUGCAGCGGGGCGAAGAAGGGUUGAUGUCGCGUCUGAGUCUCUCUAAGAAUUUCCACGGAUCAUGGACGGGAAUGGGGAGAUCAAUUGAGAACAAGAGAAUAGUGGAAGAGCGGAGAUUCAGUGCAAGGAUACAAGCGCUGAAAAAAGCAAUUCCGUCGCAAAAGCAAUGGACCUUA